CUUGCAGCGGCCAAUGGAAGCCUCUGCUCUCUUGUGAAAAAGCCAGUGUGAGAGACCUGGGCUGCAUUGCCAUAAUGGAUCAAGCAGCAGUCGUGUUUAUCUUCAGCCUUCUGCUAAUUGGCUUACAUUCCUCCCCCUCUGUGAAGUCAAACAACUGGGAAAUCUACAGUUUUCACAUCAACACCACAGUAACCAGUCGCUAUGCCAUCACAGUCAUCACCAGCCGUGUGGCUAACAGCCGUGACAACUCAACCGAGAUUGACUUCCAUGUCAAAAUACCCAAAACUGCCUUCAUCAGCAAAUUCAGAAUGACUAUUGGUGAGCAAACAUACGAUGGGGUUGUGAAAGAGAAGGAGAUGGCCCAGCAGCAGUACACUCAGGCCGUCUCACGAGGCCAAAGUACUGGCCUGGUCAGUUCAGUGGGCAGGACGUUAGAAGAUUUCAAAACAUCAGUGACGGUUGCUGCUCACAGCAAGGUGACCUUUGAACUCACCUAUGAGGAACUGCUCUCACGUCGUCUUGGCAAAUAUGAGCUGCUGAUCAAUGCCCAACCUGGUCAAAUUGUCAAAGACUUCAAGAUUGAUGUAAACAUUUAUGAGAAGACUGGAAUAAACUUCCAUGAAGUUAAAGGCUCCUUGGGUGAGAAAGACAUGGCCAGUGCUGUCACAACUACACGUGCUGACGAACAGGUAUGGGUACAUUUCUACCCUACACGUGACCAGCAAAUGCAAUGUGAUGGUUGUGGAGAGACUGGACUUAAGGGGAAUCUGAAAAUCCAUUAUGAUGUUAAUAGACCGCAGUCCCAAGGUGAUGUAACGGAACAUGGUGGCUACUUUGUCCAUUUCUUCGCACCAGUUGACCUUCCACGUAUCCCCAAAAAUGUGGUCUUCCUCAUUGAUCAGAGUGGCUCUAUGCACGGAAGGAAAAUAGAACAGACUCGAGAUGCCUUACUGAAGAUUCUGGAUGACCUAGCUGAAGAUGAUUAUUUUGGCCUCAUCCUAUUUGAUAGCAAAGUAUCUCCAUGGAAACAUGAACUUCUCCAGGCCAACCACAAUAACCUGAAGAGGGCAAAGGAUUUUGUAAGAAGGAUUGUUGAUCGUGGUGCCACAGACAUAAAUGCUGCAGUGUUGAAAGGUGUAGAGAUGAUUAAUAAACACCCCAGAGAAAGUUCAGCCUCCAUUCUCAUACUUCUAACUGAUGGAGAUCCCACUUCAGGAGAGACUAAUCAAGGGAAGAUCCAGUCCAAUGUGAGGGAGGCCAUUGGGAAGAAGUUUCCUCUGUACUGCCUGGGUUUUGGUCUUGAUGUGAACUUUGAGUUCCUGCAGAAGAUGGCCCAGGAGAACAGUGGUGUGGGUCGCAGGAUCUAUGAGGACUCUGACGCAGCUCUUCAGCUGAAGGGUUUCUAUGAAGAGGUGGCAACUCCUCUCUUAACCAGUGUGCAGAUGAAUUACACCGGUGCCACAAACCUGACCCAAACCACCUUUAGCCAUUACUACAAUGGCUCUGAGAUUGUAGUGGCUGGGCAGAUCACUGAUAACAACAUAAAUGACUUCACUACAGAAGUUAUAGCAAUAUCGAAACAUAACAAAGUGAUGUAUCGUGACACCACACCCACUAAAGAUGAAAAACUCCCUGCAGACUUGAGCGGCAAAGAGAACUUCCUCCAGAGACUGUGGGCCUGCCUUACAGUGAAACAGCUUCUGGAGAAGGAGUUGAUGCUGUCUGGUGAGGAAAAGGAGGCAGUGAGGAAGAUGGUUCUUGAUCUCUCUCUCAAGUACAGUUUUGUGACCCCACUCACCUCCAUGGUGGUCACCAAACCUGAGGGCGAGGACACUCAGGUGGCUAACAAACCCAAAGAGGGAGAGAAGCCUCCAAUUACAUCCAGAAGGACUAUGCUCAAGUUGCAUGUACAAUCAUCUCCAAGCAUGCGACUUGCACAACAUGGACCUGGAUAUGUCCUCCCCCAGUCAAGGCAAGGAAAGGCUAUGAGAGGAAGCAGUGGAGGAGGAGCAGGAGGAGGUGGAGGAAGAGGAAGGAGUUUUCAGGGUCCGCCAGGGUUUUCUAUGGAGUCCCAUAGUCACUUUUUAUCGAUGCCUGCUUUACAUGGUGUAGCUUCUCGUAGUCGACCUGCCUACCCUGGGACAGAUUUCGAUUUGUUCGAUGAUGUCCCUGAAUCUGCACACCUUCCAUUAGCAACAGCAGUAUCAGCAACUCUAACACCAGGGACUCCUGUGAGGUUCUUGAUGACUGCUGAGGGUCAAUCUCUCCCUCUCUGCUUUGACAUCCCAGCAGGCCAUUCUGUCCGACUGCUGCAGGACCCUACAUCUGGAUUAUCCAUGAAUGGAGAGCUGACAUCUGAGGGGGGCAAUGGUUUCCAGAGGAUCAUUAUUCAUGUUAAUGCCAGUAUGACCAUAGAGUUUGACACCGUUAAGAUCACCGUCAAAGAUGGACAGGACACGGUUUCAUUCAUGUGGACCGACAAAGAUGCUGAUCAUACUACAGAUAGCCUGUCACUGAUCAUACGGGACAAUGAAGCGGAUAUUACCAUGACAACUAUUCGUGCCGUCAUUCUGCUUCAUUGGCAAGAUGGAAAAAGCUUCCUUUGGCCAGCAGUCCGAAAACGCCCAUCAGAAAAUGCAAUUCCCGGCAUUAUGGGUAAACUACCAGUUGCAUAUGAGGAGAUCCAACCAGCAAAGCUCCGAAUUCAGGGUCAGGAGGUGGAUGCUACUAGUGAUUCCGCUAAGGACUACAGUAUCAAGGCUGCACCCCAAGUGAGAUGCCAGCUUGUUGAGCUGAAGUUUGCCCUGCAGGGGGAGCUCUCUGAGUUCACCGUCCUGCAACUGUAAAAGACAAAAUACAGAACAUGUAUAGACCAGUAUGGUCCAGGAUAUUGCAGUUAUAUUGUUGUGUGCACAUAUGGUAGUAGCAUUUAUUCAUUUUAAACUCUACCUAUAAUCAUGUCAGUUUAAUCAUAUGUGCAUAUUCAUGGCAAGAUGCCGUUUUCUAUUCUACACCAAGGUUAACUCCUUUGGUAGUGAUAUGAUGAAAUUAUACACAAGCAUACAAACUCAAACCUGAGUGAAAUGUAAUUUUGUAAUAUGGACACUUUAGGUUUAUACACACAGAGCCUGUCCUAAUAAGCUACUCGGCAUAUCCAUUCUGCUGAAGUUUCCAUUUGUCUACAAUGGUUGCAGUCAAUUUAAAGAUAACUAAAUUCAGUGGAAAUAUUGUGUCCUUUCAAUUGUGACUACAAAAUUCCCAAAAGGUGUGUUGACAAUGGAGCUUUCAGCUCAGUUCAUGUUUAAAGGCCUCUUAUGGAAGAUGAUACUUGUUUAAAAGGGCAAGGUACAUUUUCUACCAUGCAAGAUGAAAAUGCAGUGUUUUAUUUCCUAAAUUAAAAAAUACACAAACUGUU